GCGUGAGAGUGCGUGGCCACGAAUUGAAUUCCCAUCAACGCAUAUCUUGAGCCUUGAUUACUGGCAACAGCCUGCUGCCUGAAGGUACAUGCUCCGAUACCGAUUGUUCUUUCCAGCCUCCAGUGACAACGAGAACUUCAACAAGUCAUCCGCGAAGCAAGUAUGGCGAGCAAAGAAUCCGCGCUUAGUUAUGAGAGGCUUUUGGGUAUUGUACCAGUUGGUGUCGACCCUUAUGCCUUUAUCAAAGAUUUCAUCACGACCUGGAGUUCAGUUCCACUAUCCCGAAUCACCUUGGCCUUCUUGAUGAUUUUCUUUGGCCUUCAUGUGCUUAUUGCCGGAAUUUGCUUGAUCAUCUUGAUAUUACCUCAUACUCGCGGAGCCAAUCGAUCACAAUGGGUCUUGAGGAAGUUGUAUAUUCAAGAGCAAUCUGGUCGAGAAGCUCACCAAGCUCCUCUGUAUUUCGCCAAUGCCAGGGUCUUGUUGACUAUCUCCCAGCUUCUGAGUUCUGUCAGUACCCCGGCUUUCAUUUGGUUUGACACCGGGAUCACCACACCAAACGAGCACUCUUUGCGCCCUCAAGUCAUGCCUGCGUUUGGUUUAAUGAAUCUAGCUGAAAUUCUCGCUUACUGGAGUCUAUCGCAUUGCUUUUUGGUGACAGUCUGCUAUGGUCACAAAAGCCAAGGGGAUAACUCUACAGGAUUAAUCAGGUAUAUUUCACCGCGGUUGAUAAAUUUCUUGUUCAUCUGCUUCCCAAUCGCUGCGACGGCCAUGACUAUCGUCGUCGUAACCCGAGUAAUCGUGGUCACCAAUGGUGUUCAAUCUGGCAUGGUCCAGCUGUUUGCUGGAUUGGAUCGUGGGUCCUCUCUUUGGAAGCAAAUUGCAGUCAAAUCACAAUCUUCGGUAGCCCAGGCCCAGCUCAAUCAACUCAAUUUGGAGCUGAAGGGGUUGGCAAAUGAAACAGCGCUUCUGUUGGAAACGUCUUUCGAGCGUUUUCGGUUUGGCGAAUGCACAUUCUUGUUCUUCUCAUCAUUGAGCUGCCCGGUAUUUAUCGUUUUGUUCUUUGUACUCCUUCGGAAUUACCAACACCAAAGACGCAAUCUUUCCACGAAGCUGUUCCGCCCGGGAAAUGCAUCGAAGCAUGAAAAUACGCAUAGUGAUAGUGAUACGCAAUGUCACAGCUCAGCGGCCAACAUGGGUUAUUUCGAGGCUAUAAGAACGGACCGUCAAUUUCUUCAUUUGAACAUGAGGGCACUCGGGACAUUUAUCGCAAUGCUUGUCAACAUUAUCGUGCACCUGAUUGCCAUUUUCAGGACAGUCGAUACCUUGGCAGUGCCCUACUGGCGCGGAGUCGUAUCAUGUCUGGCCACUGGGGGAAGCACGUUUUCUGGGAUUCCGAUUGCUUGGCAAUGUUGGAGGCUCUACGCCGAUCAAGUGCACUCUUCCGCUCAAGCUUCAAAAAACGAUGUUUCGACUUUGGAGGAGCUCCCCAAAACCACCGUUUUCUCCGGUGCCUGUGACGAGUCAGCAUCCGAAAUUCAUGUUUUUCAAAAAUAGGUCGUCGUUGGCGCCACAAAUGGAUUCACCGCUUAAACAUCUACAGCCAUCUUAUAACUUAUGGGUUUUUUUUAUUUGGUUCCUUGGUAACCGUGGUUUGGUUUCGGGGUCAGAUGAUGCUUUUCUUCUUUUAUGUACUUUCCUCCAGUUUUUUUUUCUCUUUUUUUUCAGAGCUAUUCAUCAAUAGGGUCAUUGGCAAAAUGCAAAUCAGCUUUAGGAACACCUACAUUACGUCAAUGGACAUUCUAUUAAACCCUUGUAAAAUCAAUGUUACAUCAUAUAUGCACUCUGUUUACAAAGCGGUCUCACUACGAAGGUAUGCUUCAGGUCUUCGAAUUCAUUCAAGGGUUCUAUGUAGUCUCGCUUGCUCUAUUUAUGUGUAGAUUAAGAAUUUGGAUAAUGUGUUUCUUUGCAAUCGCUGUGGCUUGAACUACAUGUGCAGGCAUCUUGAGGUAUGCUAGACAGUUUUUUGACAGUCUCACACUGAUUGGUUUCUGUCUGCAUUGGGGCAUCU